CGAGAAAAUCAAAAGCCAGAGCUCCCCUAUUUCUUUUCCACCUUUCAAUUUCCUGCUCUGCUUUGAGUUUCACAGCGAACGGUCUAUGUUUUUGUUGCUUUCUUUCUGAUUUCUCUGCUAAAAUGGAAGGGACUUAGCUCUGCUUCUGCUUUUCUUGCUCUCUCUUUCGUUACAGCUUCGACUUGGAGUGUUAAUCGUUCUCCUUUUCAGUGAUCGGUCCGUGUAAUUUGUGCAGGUAGGUCCGGUAGAAAAGCUUUUCCUUCUGGAAACACCAACCUAAUGUCUCCACCGUUGCUUGGCGUGGUGGAAGGGCAGCAGAAUGUCUCUCUGGAGGGUUCGUCGGCCUCUGCUGAUGGUAGCUGCCUGAAUAACUCUGAAUUAAAAGAGCGUAACUACAUGGGGUUAUCUGAUUGUUCUUCAGUGGACAGCUCCGCUGUCUCUAGCUUGUCUGAAGGAAAAAAUAGCAGCCUGAACCUGAAAGCAACAGAGCUAAGGCUUGGGCUUCCUGGAUCCCCAUCUCCCCCAAGGGAUCCAGAGCUUUUCUUGCUGAGUUCCAGAAAACAAGAUGAGAAGCCCUUGAUUCCUUUACUUCAUUCAAAGGAUAGUAUUCACUCUUCAUCACAAAAGACUGCUGUUUUAGGAAACAAGAGAUGGUUCUCUGAUACCAUGGAUGAUUCUUCUGAAGUGAAAAGUGCUGCAUUUACUGAAGGGAAGAAUUGGAUGUUUCCAGCUGCUGGCUCUGUGUCAGAAACUGCCCAAUCUGCACUUCAAGCAAAAGUUUCUGUUAACUCGGGUGUUAAUGUUAUGCUAUCACCUAAACCUUCCCUGAACUCGGGGAUGAAAUCUGUUUCUGUCAAGGAGCAUCCUGGAGCUCAGCCAGCUAUGUUGAAAGAAGCUGCUCCUGCUAAGGUAUUACAAGAGAAGCCCUGCGCUGCCAAUGAUAACAACCAUACCCCUAGUGGUGCUGCUAAUAACAAUAGCAGUCGCUCUGCUUCCAAGGCUCAAGUAGUGGGUUGGCCGCCGAUUAGAUCAUUUAGGAAGAACACUUUGGCGACAACUUCCAAGAACAAUGAUGAAGUCGAUGGGAAACCAGGCCCUGGUGCACUUUUCGUCAAGGUCAGCAUGGACGGUGCUCCUUAUUUGAGGAAGGUAGACCUCAGAACAUACUUUGCAUAUCAGGAGCUCUCUGCUGCACUUGAGAAGAUGUUCAGUUGUUUUACUAUAGGCCAGUGUGGAUCGCAUGGAGCUCCAGGGAGAGAUGUACUGAGUGAGAGUAAGCUGAAGGAUCUUCUACAUGGAUCAGAAUAUGUUCUUACUUAUGAGGACAAGGAUGGUGACUGGAUGCUGGUGGGGGAUGUCCCAUGGGAGAUGUUUAUUGAUUCGUGCAAAAGGUUGAGGAUAAUGAAGAGCUCUGAUGCAAUUGGCUUAGCUCCAAGGGCAAUGGAGAAAUGCCGGAACAGAAACUAGGUACCAUCUUGGCUGCUUUCCUGCCAGCAAUCCAUUGGAGCGGCUAGCUGGAGCAAAUGGAGAAGAGGCUGUGAUUGAAAAGAGGGAAUGGUGUGGCUGGAUAGCAGAUCUGUGUUCAAAUGCUCUAGUCUUAUGUAGUUUGCUUUCCUGGUAAUUCAUGUUGCUUUCAAUUGUCUCGAGUCCAUUAUAAUUAUAAAACCAAGGAUUGUAUUUGGUGAGUUAAUGUUUCCCACGGGAACAUUCUAGCAUAGAAAGUGGUUUAUGGUGGAAGUGUUUGGUACUGUUAUUUGAACUAAACAGUCUCCAAGUAAUCUAUUGACUGAGUGGACUUCUCUCUA